CGACAGUCAUCAACAAAAUCACAUGAAGAACAAGGAGAACAACAACAACAAAGACAAGCUCGUGGUAAACGAGUCAAUUUCCAAACUAUCGAUGAAGACGAACCAGUAAGACAACCUUUUCCGGCAAUGGCACCUCCUAGUGGUAGAGCUGUUUCACAUGUGUGGUCGUAUUUCACAAAAGAACCAACCGAGAAUCCAGAUAUUUUCUUAUGCACUUGUCAAAUUUGUGAAAGUCAAGGAGUAAAGCCCUUAGUUUCAUACAGUUUCACCAGAGGUGGUGGUACGGGAUCUUUUAACAAACAUUUGGCAAAGAAGCAUGGAAUCACAAAAGAAACUCAUGCAGCAAGCGGGAGCGGGACCACAAGUGGAAGCCGACAGACACAAUGGGACAUUCCCAGCACAGAUAUGAUGGAAAAAUGGCAAGCAUAUUUUACCGAUUUUCCUUAUAUUUAUGGAAUCGCAACCAUUUUGGACCCACGUUUUAAAACUGAGGUCCUUACUAAAGUAAUAGGAUUUUAUUACUAAUCGUUAGAUCGCCCGUCUACUGAUGUACAUAAUUAUGUAGGAACAUGUAAAAAAUAUUUAGCAGAACUCUAUGAUUUUUACGCUAGUGUAUAUAACCCGAAACGCGAUAUGUCUAGGCGUGCUAGCGUUUUGGCACGUCCCUCUUACUAUAAUUCGGUAAUAGCUAACAUAAUGACUCAAGAUGAUAGUUUUGUAGGAUCAUCUUCUUCUUCCUCGACCUCAUAUUUAGAACUAGAUAGUUAUCUUAAACACCACUUUGAAAUAGA